AUGAGUGGUGGUGGUACUGGCAGAGGGUCUGGCAGGGCCCAUUUUCGAAGCAAACUCGGGUGCUGCAUUUGCGGAACCAAGUCAUCUAGCUCCCGCUUCACUGCUUCUGAGCGCUAUGCGGAGCACUUUGGACCUUGCUUUGGCGAAAAGGCUUCCAAGCGGUCUGGCGACUUGUGCAACGCCUGCGUUCUCUGUGUCAAACGCUGGUUGGGACGUGGCAAACAAGAAGGCUACUUCUCGCAAUGUGCUACUGUUGACUCGUCAACCAGUCAAUCCCGUGUACCAUCCAAUUCCCAGUCGGUGCUCGACGCGAAACUCCAUCCCCUACCAUCGCUGUUUUCGUCAAAAGGCGCUUUUCACCCUGUAGCCAAGUCCUGCAGACCGCUCGCGACCAAUCGGACAUUGUUUUCUGUUGACAAAACUGGCCGUGCACUGCAUUAUUUUCCAAAGCACCGAGAAUUACAUCACCCCCUGAUCCUCCUGCGGUGUUUAAUCGUGUGUGAUGAGGCUCACACGCGGCAUUGUCAUCGUCGGCGGCGGCGCUGGGGUCACACUGCACUCCCUCUGGCCCUCGUUUCAGCACACGUCAUGGUUUGGGUCGAAAACGCGCAAAUUUGCCUGCUAAUGACGGACACAAUGCAACGCCUUCUCUCCGCCAAUCAGCUUGGCCAGACGAGACCAAGAAAACACACCAUAACAGCCCCUUUGAUCUCUGCCACUUUGGAUGCGGAGGUAGCCUUGCAGAGCGUGGAGUUUAUGUCUUCUCAUUCGUCCCGAGAAAAACCUGCCUUCACUUCCAUUUCGAAGGCGGCGGUCUGUUGUUACACCUGCAGCCGCCGUUUCCCGGAUGCCGCAGAACUAACACCGUUUCUGAGAAACGGACUCACGCAGUCGCGCCAAGACCGUCAUAUUUCGACUCACCAGGCGGCGCUUGUGCUCUUCAUGUCGUUGCGUAAUUACAACUUCACCUUCUCGCACAUCGAAGUGACCGGCUGGACUGCUUGUCUCUCCUCCUGCUCCAUCACCACCACCACCACCUCCUCCUCCAAAUUUAGUAACAGACGUCUUACACGAGGUAUCCUCUCUCUCUCCCCCUCUCUUGGGGAGUUGUGCGACACCCAUUCCACACCUGGCAAAACGGCAACCAAUGGUAUCUCUCGGUGGCUCGUUCUGAGCACAAGCACCUCAUGGCGUUGUGGUGCUUUGUUUUUGUUUGGCUGGGUGGCGUUUGAGAUUGCAGGCAUAUCCAGGCUUAGCCGUGGCCUCCUGUUUACAAGCCUCGCUGGGCCUGACAUUGAAGCCAGUGACACUAAAAUCCACGCAUUGCAGAUGUCCUGCGUUGUUCUCGUGCUGGACAGCAAACAAGGACCCGGCCCGAAGCACAUGAAGGAGAUAACGAAGCGUGCGAGACGUCGCGAGGCGCGACAGCAGCAGGCCGCGAAAGCCUCCACCACCAACCGACCCUCCACGAGUGCUUCCUCGACGCUGACGAACAACGGUGCCGCGGGGGCGUCUCGCGGCGUCCACGCGGGCCACCACAACCACCACCCCGUGCACCACUCGGCCACGUGCGUCGCGUGCUGGGCCGACCAAAACAACAGCAACUCCACGCCCGUGGCUGGCGCCAGUGUCGCCAGGACCCGGUCUGCGGUCGCGCGAAAGCUCGACACGACUGGAAGCGUGGGUGAUCCAGUUAAAGGCCACUUCGCCAUCUGCCACCGCCAAAUGACGAUCCGAAUCGGCCUCGGCGUCGAUCGUCCACGUGCUCGCCUCGAAAUGUGGCAGCCCAGACCCGUGCAUCGCUACCCCGACCAAUCACGGUUAGCCAGUUUCCGAGCUGGACCGGUUGUGUGGGGCGGGGGGGGGCGCGAUUCUAUUGGUCCACGCGCUCCAGCUGUGAAUCAGCUGAUCGCGCGAGCAAAGAAGGGGUGGUACUCCACGUAUAGAGGCAGGAGCGGUCUAUGGACGCCGACGGAGAGCAGCGGUCAGGUGAGCCUUUGGGAGGGCUACUCACCGCACAACCAGGAGUUCCGUCCACCGCGGCCGCCGAGCGUGUUGCCAGGCAACGGCUCCAUCCUGUCAAGCGGCGGUGGCAGUCAAGGCGUCGUGACCCGCGCCGCCGCCUCGGCCUCCGUCUACAGCUCGCUGGCCGCCUCCGGCGUCGCCUUCUUCGACGGCGCCUCCUCCACAGCCUCGUCCACCACCUCCACGCCGUCGACGCCAACACGGCGCCAGAACCGACGCACCCGCCUCCCGCCUGUCAAGAUUUCGUCCGACUGUGUCGAGGUGCACGAUAUUCUGCAAAAAAUUCAAAAGGCUAACCAGGCCAUGAACCUGGACAAUCGUCAGAUUAACAUGGCGAUGCAGCGGGAGAUACGUCUGCGCAACCGCACCGUCAAUCCCCCGGUGGUAGCGGCCGCGGCGGCGUCGUCAUCUGCUUCCAGCGGCGUCGGCGUAGACAGACUCCUGUCGGGUGGUGGCAGCGGCGGCGGCGGUGGGUCUGCAGACACUUCCCUCGUGACCGGAUCGUCUGCUGCCGCUAACGCGGCGGAUCUUCGCAUUUGA